AGAGAACCUACAAGCUAGACUUGUAGAUUAAAGUUACCUUAUUGAAAAGACAGACUCUGCAAGUUUCCUCAAGACCUACCUGUGCACACACAGGCUGACCCAGCAAAAGAACUGAAAAUUACAGCCUGAGAUGGAUGGCAGUAAUUGCAAAGUUAUUGCUCCUCUCCUAACUCAGAGAUACCGGAGGAUGGUCACCAAGGAUGGCCACAGCACACUUCAAAUGGAUGGUGCUCAAAGAGGUCUUGCAUAUCUGCGAGAUGCUUGGGGAAUCCUAAUGGACAUGCGCUGGCGCUGGAUGAUGUUGGUCUUUUCUGCUUCUUUUGUUGUCCACUGGCUUGUCUUUGCAGUGCUCUGGUAUGUUCUGGCUGAGAUGAAUGGUGAUCUGGAACUAGAUCAUGAUGCCCCACCUGAAAACCACACUAUCUGUGUGAAGUACAUUACCAGUUUCACAGCUGCAUUCUCCUUCUCCCUGGAGACACAACUCACAAUUGGUUACGGUACCAUGUUCCCCAGUGGUGACUGUCCAAGCGCAAUCGCCUUACUUGCCAUACAAAUGCUCCUAGGCCUCAUGCUAGAGGCUUUUAUCACAGGUGCCUUUGUGGCGAAGAUUGCCCGGCCAAAAAAUCGAGCUUUCUCAAUUCGCUUUACAGACUUAGCAGUAGUAGCUCACAUUGAUGGCAAACCUAAUCUAAUUUUCCAAGUGGCCAACACUCGACCUAGCCCUCUGACCAGUGUCCGGGUCUCAGCUGUACUCUAUCAGGAAAGGGAAAAUGGUGAACUCAACCAGACCAGUGUGGACUUCCACCUUGAUGGCAUCAGUUCUGAGGAAUGUCCGUUCUUUAUCUUUCCGCUAACCUACUAUCACUCCAUUAUACCAUCAAGUCCUCUGGCUACUCUGCUCCAGCAUGAAAGUCCUCCCCACUUUGAAUUAGUUGUGUUCCUCUCAGCAAUGCAGGAAGGCACUGGAGAAAUAUGCCAAAGGAGGACAUCCUACCUACCCUCCGAGAUCAUGUUACAUCACUGUUUUGCAUCUCUGUUGACCCGGGGUUCCAAGGGUGAAUAUCAAAUCAAGAUGGAAAAUUUUGACAAGACUGUUCCUGAACUUCCAACUCCUCUGGUCUCCAAGAGCCCAAACAGGACUGACCUGGACAUUCGUAUCAAUGGACAAAGCAUGGACAAUUUUCAGAUCUCGGAAACAGGACUGACAGAAUAAGACGUCUCCAUUACACCCUAUUUUUUAAUGUAUUAAAUAUACCCAGCCAGUUAUGCAGCUACUUUUCUUUCAUAUCUCAUGUUUUCUCUUUUUUUAAAUGCUGAUUACAUCUCUCUGAUUACAUCAUGGUAAUCAAGCCUAUGCCCAUAAAAAUGGCUGAGCUAACAAUACACAUUCUGGAAAUAUAACAUUCUACCUUACA